AUGCACCCUCCUGCAAAGAUGCUGCUCCUCCUCGCCGGCGUCGUUGCCGUACUGCUCGCCACCUCGUCCCAUGUGUCAGCCGCCUGCACACCGCAGGAGCGGGACGCACUGCUGGCCAUCAAGCGAGGCAUCACCGGCGAGAUCGGCACCGCUGGUCUCCUCGCCUCAUGGCGGAAAGACGAAGACUGCUGCCGGUGGAGAGGUGUCCGUUUUCUCCCGGGGAAGUGCCUCCCCCACCUUGGCAAACUCUCAAAGCUGCACUAUCUUGACCUCUCACCCUAUGACUAUAACUAUGUGUCCUCCAAGGAUCUCUCAUGGUUAACACGUCUACAGUUUCCAAGGUAUCUCAACCUGGGUGCCGUAGACCUGAGCACAGUAGCCGAUUGGCCUCAUGUGGUCAACGCCCUUCCGUCUUUGAGGUCCCUUCAUCUUCAUCGUUGUGCGCUAAUUAGUGCCCACCAGUCGCUCCCACAAUUAAACCUCAGUACAACCAUUGAGGAUCUCGACCUCUCUGAAAACAACUUUGACCACCCGAUUGCCUCUUGCUGGUUAUGGAACCUAACAAGACUCAAGCAUCUCUACCUUGAAGCUAACAUUGGACUAUAUGGUCAGCUUCCGGAUGCAUUGGGCGGUAUGGUAUCCUUGCAAGAAUUAUCCUUAUCACAAUUUACUAACAAUAUGAGCAUGGACUCGGCAGACUUGAAGAACCUAUGCAACUUGAGGUUCCUAGACCUUGGUUAUUCUUUCACACACGGAAUUAAAGCGGAGAAGCUGCCGCAAUGUUCGUCAAACAAAUUGCAGGAGUUGUACCUGGACGGAAACCAGUUGACAGGAACUCUUGAAGAUUGGAUGGGACACCGCACCAGCUUAGUCGUUCUUUGGCUCUCCUAG